GAUGAAUGCAUGGUAACUAGGAAAACUAAAAUGUAGAACUAGAUUGAAACAAAUACCAGUUUUAAGAUUUGUAUAUUGAUUGUGUGAGUUAAUACAUUAUAACUUAUUCACCCGCAGAGCCGGACUUGAACCUAGGUUUAUGAAACAUUGGAAUGGGUUCCCCACUUUCAACUUUUUCUUUUAUAUGUAUGUAUAUAAAUAUGUUGAUCAGUUGAUAUAUGUAAACUUAAAUGCAUAGAAAAAUUAAAAGGGAAAGUUUCGGUAGUGGUGUAAAUAAUAAAUAUUUAUAUAUAGUGAUUUAGUUGAUGUUGUGAUAAAACUAAAAAAGUAAGCACGAUAUCUUUAAUUUGCUAGGCGAAACUUGUCAUACUUACCUUCAUCUCCAUAGAAGCAACUUUUUUUGUUCAUCUAUAAAAAAACCAGAUUUUUUUUUGUUUCUUACAUUAACAUUUUUUUUUUUUGGAUAGGGUCCCCGAGAGCUCAGGCGCGACUCUGUUCACCCGUAUUUAUACUUCUUCAAAAUCCAAUAUUUAUUUUUAUCUUUAGAAAAAAUAUCGUAUACUACCUCAAAAGUUGAUAAUACAACCAAACAAAUGUGGUCUUUUCCUAAGGCAUUGAGAUUUAAGUCAUUUCUAGAAUCAACACUAAUCUUAUCACGGCUAUUUGUUUGUUUCUGUACUUGAAGAUGAUCCCUGAUGGAUUUUAUUACAGAACUACUGAAGUUAAUAUUUAGAUUAGUUUAGAGCCUUUAGGUACAUAUACAUGAUGGAAAAUCAGCUAAAUAUAUUUUCCCUACUCAACUACAGUAACUACAGCUCAAGGUCGUGGAAACCCUCACAUAACAUCUUCUCUGGUUCCUUACCAAGGAAUAUUAACUUUCCAUAUCUCCUGAGUUUUUCAAGAAACCGUCUCACAAGAUUUCCUAACACAUAGUUUCUCAAAACUGGAGGAUUUGGAGUCUGGAUUUGUCCUACAAUAAGCUAUAGACGGAACCAUCCCUCCACAGCUUGUUGACGUCAACAAUACUUUAAUAUGUCUUGCAAUCAUCUGGCGAAAUCCUUCGGAGGCCAUCUUGAAACCUUUUAAGGAGAUGAGUUACAUAGGCUGCUCAUCUUUGUUGGCCUUCCUACCAAUAAAAGUGGGAUUUCCACAAAUGUCCCAAAAUGAAAUGUAAUUAUUAUAUAUAAUAGGGGCAAAGAUGGAAACUCGAAAAUCCUAAUCCGCCAAACUAGUAUUCUUCAAAGUCGCACUCAUUAGACUAAUAUUUCAUGUUUUACUUUCCAACUAGGUUCAUAACUAACAUCCAUGUGUCCUAGGUUAUUAACAAAAAGUCCAAGAUGAUCUCAUUACUCGGUGAUCUAAACCCUUCUUGUUGAAAAGAAUCAGACACACAACUUUACAAUCUCUGUAAACAUGACUAACAACAAGAGCUUCCUCUUCUUGAUCAUCCUAUGUUUUCUUCUUACAAUCAAAACAAAUGUUAUCCUUGUCUCUGCUCAAGAUCAACAGUGCUUGGCCAAAGGAUCUUUCAACACAAACAGCACUUUCAACAAGAACCGUCUCCUUCUCCUCUCUUCUCUUCCUUCUAACGUCACUGCUCAAAACAACUUCUUCUACAAUUCUUCUCUAGGCCAAGACCGAGACAAAAUCUACGCUCUAGCGAUGUGUAUUCCCGACACCGAAACAGAGGACUGCUCAAACUGCGUCAAGACAACUUCCGAUGGACUUAUCAAGACCUGUCCUAACAACACCGAAGCUUUUCACUGGUCAGGUGGUGAAAAAACUCUAUGCUUCGUACGUUACUCGACCCGUUCUUUCAUUGGCUCACCAGAUAUGGACCCGCGUCAGAUUCUUCCCAACGCUACGGAUAUAACAUCGAAUUUGACUGACUUUGAUGGGAUCUGGCAAUAUCUGAUGCUUAGUAUGGUGGAUUCAGCUUCGUCAAAGUACUAUGAAGCUGAGACCAGACCCUUGACAAGCACUAGUUCUGGAGAUAGGAUGACGAUCUACACGAUUAUGCAGUGUACUUCUGAUGUAUCUAGAGCUGAGUGCAACACAUGUUUGAGAAACAGCGUAGGUGAUUAUCAGAACUGUUGCCGUGGGAAACAAGGAGGUCUUGUUACUCGUCCAAAUUGCAUUUUCCGGUGGGAGUUUUAUCCUUUUUACGGAGCCUUUCGCAACACUUCACCACCGGCUAAGAAAGACGGUUCUUCAACGGUGAAAAUUGUCGUCCCAGUUCUUGUCGUUGCCUCCUUAUUGAUUCUAGCUGUGGUUGGCUACGUUCUUUACAGGAGGAGGAAGAAAAAUAAUAAGGACAGUUUGAGAGAGACUUAUCAAGAACUUGAUACAGCAGAAGUUGAGGCUCUAUCUUCAUUGAAAUUCGAGUUCCGUGUUAUUCAAGUUGCGACUAGUGACUUCUCUGAAGAGUCUAAGCUCGGGGAAGGUGGAUUUGGUCCAGUGUACAAGGGAAAGCUUCAAAACGGCGAAGAAAUAGCGGUGAAGAGAUUGGCUUUAAGUUCAGGGCAAGGAGAAGAAGAGUUCAAGAACGAGGUUUUGUUGUUAUCUAAGCUUCAACACAGGAAUCUAGUUAAGCUACUAGGUUUUUGCUUGAAAGGCGAAGAGAGACUUUUGAUCUACGAGUUUGUUCCCAAUUCAAGCCUUGAUCAUUUCAUAUUCGAGGUUGCGAAACAAGACCAUACACUGUCCUUGAAGGCUAGUUGGAGCACACGGUACAGCAUUAUCGAAAACAUAGCUAGAGGGAUUCUCUAUCUACAUGAAGAUUCUCGUCUCAAGAUCAUUCACCGUGACUUGAAGCCUAGUAACAUUCUUUUAGACUACCAGAUGAACCCCAAAAUUUCAGAUUUUGGGAUGGCGAGGUUGUUCGAGUCAGAUGAUCAGACACAAGGCCUAACAACAAGCAGAGUCAUGGGAACCUACGGUUACAUGGCACCAGAGUACAUAGCGCGAGGACGGCUCUCGGUUAAAACCGAUGUUUACAGUUACGGUAUUAUGGUUCUUGAGAUCAUAUGUGGUCGGAAGAACAAUAGCUUUCAGCCAAGUGGAGUAGCUCUCCAUGCGUGGACAAAUUGGCGCGGGGAUAGAGCACUGGACAUUGUAGAUUCAGUGAUCACAGAGAAUGUAUCAAGAAACGAGGUGAUGAAAUGCAUCAACAUAGGGCUCUUAUGCGUUCAAGAGAGUGUGACGAGAAGACCAAACAUGAACUCAGUAGUUCACUGGCUCAAGAGUAACUCGGUGACUCUUCCGGUUCCAUCAACACCUGCGUAUGUUGUUCAUAGUGAGUCAGGUGAAGCUUCUCGUGUUUCGCAGUCGACGGUCAAUGUUUCAAUCACUGAGCUUGAGCCACGUUGAUUGUGAAGUUUCGGUUUAUUUUUGUUGAUUAUGCUUUUCAUAAGCUCUGCUUUGUAUAUGAUUCGUUUAUGUUAAUUCUAAAUCGAGUAAACCAAUUCAGUUACAACUAAACCGGAAAAGACCUUGGGUUUGAUUCGACAAGUUCAUGAUCAAGGUUCGGUAAGAGCCGCCGAAACGGUGUCGUUUAACGAGAUGGGUAAGUUAUCCCAAAAGAGACAGUUAACGCCACUUGUUAGCCCCAAUCGUGAAAGAGUUAUUCUUGGUUCACCCCUAGUUAGGUUCAUCAGCCAAUAGAAAAUUGUCAUUUUAAAUCUAGUAUCUUUUAAUUAAGGAAACCAAAUAACUUGCAAAUUAUAUUAUUUUUUCAAAAUAAAAUUUAAAAAUAAAUAAAAAUAAUAUAUAAAAAACGAAUUCAA